ACAGUGUGGUUGCCCUAAGCUAAUGCUAACUGAAACUUCAGUCCAAUAAUUUAUAAAAAAUAAUUUAAAAACAUUUAUUUACACGUGUUACACUUAUAUUGGUUUAUAAAUGGAGGAGGUGGAUGUGGAGCCUACGACCACGCUGAUCCCGGGUGUAAGUUUCAAACAGAAGCACCUGGGCUUUGAGUGGGGACCUGGAGACCUUUUGGUGUAUGGGACCAUCUUCAAAGCACAAGGCGUUGGCUCUGUAGGACCUAGAUGUCCGUCGGUUCACGUGGUACGAAGAGAUGAAGACAUCUACUCGCCCAUCCUGCGUAAACUCUUCAACGAGUCUCAUCACAUCUUUGUGGGGCUGCAGAACAUCAAGGAGGACGUUCCUAAAAAGAACCAGAAACCGCAGUUUGUGAGCAUCAGUAAGAACUACAGGUCUGUAAUCCGGGCGUGUAUGGAGGAACUGCAGCAUGCAGCAGUGUCGACUGAGGACUCACAGUACAGCAAUCAGGGUUCCAUUCUGAUGGCAAUCGAGCUGAUCUGGAAUCUGUGUGAGGUGCUUUUUAUCGAUGCCGCACCAGCCGGAUUGCUGCUGCUGCACUUGUUAGACUGGGUGCGUUUACACAAAUCUGACGUGGAUGAAAAAGCCCGGGAGGUUUUACAAAGCGACAGCCCGACCCGCCACCAGGCCUACUGGGAUGUGGUGAUGAGUUUUGUUCUGCAGGGCCGCAUGGAUGAAGCUCGACAGGUUCUGCAGAAGCAGGCCUCUCAACAGCCGGCUUUAAGAUCUAUGUAUCAUCUCAUGGACAACCUAAUGCAGAAAAUGCCAGUGUUUAAUCCCAGCGGCACUCAGACGAUCACAGAGUUUGAUGUGAAGUGGAGGCACUGGCACGAGGAGUGUGAUCGCUGUCUGCAAGAAAACUCCUUCGCUAGUAACCAUCACCUGGAGACCAUUUGUAAGGUCAUGGUGGGCGAUGAAGACGUAAUGUUGGAGCAGAAGAAAUUGCUGGGUACCUGGUACCAUCUACUGAUCAGCCGGCUGCUCUUCUCACACCCAACAGUUAAACCAUCAGAACUGCACUACUGCGCUAAGUUGAGCAUGGACAUGUUCCUGGACUCCCACAGCGUUCCAGAGCCACUGGACAACAUCUUACUGGCUGCCUUUGAGUUUGAUCUUCACCAGGUCAUUAAAGACUGCAGUAUCGCCCUCAACAACUGGUGGUUCGUGGCCCAUCUGACUGACCUGCUGGAUCACUGCAAACUCCUCCAGUCUCACAACCUUCAUUUUGGCUCCAACCUGAGGGAGUUUCUGGUGUUGGAGUACGCCUCCGGACUCUUCUCUCAUCACAGUCUGUGGCAGUUGGCGGUGGAUUAUUUCGAUCACUGUCCUGAGUUUGGACGUGUGUAUCUGGAGCUGCAGAUUGAGAGGAUACCGCUGGAGACUGAGCGCAAGGCAUUGAAGGUCCUCAGGAUAUGUGAGCAGAGACAGAUGAAUGAGCAAGUGCGCAGUAUCUGUAAGAUCAUGGCUAAGAGGGCUCUGAGUAAUAACCGGCUGGGUUCUGCUCUUUCCUGGAGUAUCCGAGCUAAAGACGCCGCCUUCGCCACGCUCAUCUCGGAGAGGUUUCUGCAGAAUUACUCUAUGCAGGGCUCCUUCUCUGAUCUGGACCUGAUCGACAACCUCGGACCUGCCAUGCUCCUCAGUGACAGACUCACAUUCCUAGGGAAGUACAGGGAGUUCCACAGGCUGUAUGGAGAAAAGAAGUUUACAGAAGCAGCGAAGCUCCUGCUUUCUCUCAUGACGGCAAAGAUCGCACCACGCAGCUUCUGGAUGACUCUGCUCAUAGACGCUCUUCCCCUGCUGGAGCAAAAAGAAGUGAUUUUCUCAGUGGAUCAGACCCAUGAACUCAUGUUAUGUCUGGAAGAACUGACCUCCGACAUUAGCGAGGUCAAACCAGAGCGUGCAGCACAGGAUGAAGACGUGGAAUCCACGAAGCUGGAGCUGCUGCGCUUGGCUCUGGCUCGUAACUUGGCCAUGGCUAUAGUGAAGGAGGGAACAGUGGAGGCCUGAACACACACACACAAACACACACACACACUCUCUCUCCAGUUAUAUUCAUACACAUCUUUUACAUUCAGUGUACUGUAUAUAAACCUGACACAAGUGCUAAAAUGUUUUUCAAAUUUGAUAAUAAAUCUUUUGUUUUCAUUUAUUUUUCA